AUGACAGUAUCCUACAACUUGGAUGUCUCAUCUGCAUCCAUCUUUUCGUUUCUUCGUUUGCAGUUGAGAUGGAAGGGCUCAAUUUGGAAGUAUCUUCUCAAGGAACUAUUCUUCUUCAUCCUGGCAUUCGGAGUCGUCUCUGGAGUCUACAGAAGCAAUCUGAUAAUUGGAGAAAAUACACGGAAAAUAUGGGACAACUUUGCUGCUCUGUUCGAUCAAACCAUGGAGUUCAUUCCACUUACUUUCAUGCUCGGAUUCUUUGUAACAAUCAUUGUUAGACGAUGGAAUGAUAUUUUCGCUAAUCUUGGAUGGGUUGAUAACACAGCCAUCACCAUUGCUAAUUACAUCAGAGGAACCGAUGAUCGUACCAGAAUGAUUCGUCGCAACGUCAUUCGAUACAUGGUACUCACUCAAGUACUGGUAUUUCGUGACAUCUCUCUUCAAGUCCGUCGUCGCUUUCCAACUUUGGAAUCAAUCGUUUUAGCAGGAUUUAUGCUAGAACAUGAAAAAGAGAUGCUCUGCAACGUGGCUUGCAAGUAUUCCAAGUACUUUGUCCCAAUCCAAUGGAGCACUGGACUCCUGGUCGAAGCACGCACAGAAGGAAAAAUUGCAGCUGACCUUCUCAUGAAUGAGAUCGGAAAGAAUAUUAUCGAGUUCAGAAAGGGAUUAGCUUUGUUGAGCAACUACGAUUGGGUUCCUAUUCCGUUGGCGUAUCCGCAGGUUGUGUUCCUCGCUGUACGUUCCUACUUUUUCAUGGCUCUCAUUGCUCGUCAAUCGGUGCUUCUCGAUGGCAAAGAUCCAGAACAACCCAGUAUUCUCUAUCCAAUAGUUCCAUUCGUCAUGUCCGUUCUUCAGUUUAUUUUUGUCGUUGGGUGGAUGAAAGUGGCAGAGAGCAUGAUCAAUCCGUUGGGAGAGGAUGACGAUGAUUUUGAGUGCAAUUUCUUGCUGGACAGAAAUUUGGCGAUCGGCCUGAUCAUCGUAGAUGACUGCUACAAUCAGAUUCCAACAGUGGAGAAGGAUGUGUUCUGGUGUUCCGAUGUAGAGCCUCUCUAUUCAGUAGACACUGCAAUGAUCCCCAAGAAUCCACAGAUUGGAUCAGCAGCCAACUAUGAAGUAAAAACCGACGAGGAAGAAGUGAUGAUGAUGCCGCAUAUGGAUGACGUGGAUAUGUUCGAUUUCGAGUCUACCAAUCACCUAAUUCCACGAAAGACGUUCUCUGUGAUCUCCAUUCAACGUCCAUUUGGAAGUCGAGCCAGUUUGGCAUCCAGAAAGCGAAGCAUGAUGUUUGAUCAAUUGAGAGGAAGAAUGGCAAAGAAACAAAACCGAAACAACAUGUUCCAAAAUUCAGCGUCCCAGGCGACCCUUCACUACAACUUUGAAUCCCAAGCACCCAGUGAAAUCAACCUAUCCACUCUCGAAAUGACGGCACCUAAACGGAAGACGUCUACGGGAAAACUGGGGUCUACUAGUGAGUCGAAUCACUGCUUCCUCAAUGUGGCCGAAGAGCAACACAAACUGUCGGCAGAAGUCCUUCCGAUUGUUCUGGAAGAGGACGAAGAGAGAUCAAAGAUGCUGGAAAAGGACAAGACAAAGUUCAGUAGAGUAAUCGGGGUUAAUCGUGAACAAAAUACGGGAAAUGCCCCCUGGUGUGGGGAUACGAUCCCGUCGAAGCGACGAACCAGAGAAAGCGGCUCCCGUUCUGGACGCUCCAAAUCUAGCAGUCGUUUUUCGACGUUCAUCCAAGGGGGGGGGGGGGGGCAGAAGGCGCUCCGUUCUGCACGCUCGACUUCACGCGGUCGUCGUUCAAAUUCAAAGCGAUCCCGCAGAUCCUCCCGCUCUCGAUCUCGAUCAGUGUCCACUGCCAGAGAAUCAAGCCGCCGCCGUGUUCGACGUGCCUCCAAAGCCAGUCGUUGUGACAGAAGCAGAAGCAGAAAUCGUUCCUCGUCCCGUCGACCAUCUUCUCGCCGUUCAGCAAGGAGAAGCGUCUCAAGACUUUCGAACCGUCGGACCACUCCAAAAGUGAGCCGUUCAAAGUGGGUUACCUAA